UAUUUUUGCCAAUAUUCUUUUUUUCUUAACCAAUCCAAGAGAAUUUAAAGAAGUUCUAGAGAAGUCUAGUAACAAGCCAUUUAGUAUUUCCAGAUUAUUCUCCUCUACCCUUUAUAUUUUCAUCACUCACAUUUGCUCUUUAUUCUGAUUUUGAGUUUGAAACUUCAUUUAUCAAAUAUAAUUAUAAACAUGGCUCACUGCUUAUCAAGAUUUCCAAUUUCUCAACCUAUUUCAUUUUCAAACAAUCCAAAAUAUUCCAAUUACUCUCUUCCAAUUUCUAGUAGAAAACAUCAUGGUAAUUAUAAGAAAUUGAAGGUCAUGGUUGUUGAUGAAAGACACAAUCUUGAUCACUUACAAAGACAAAACAAGGCUCCUCAACCUAGAAAAAGAUCACCCCAAAUGGCCCCUGUUGGCUUAUGGGAUAGGUUUCCAACAGCAAGGACAGUGCAACAAAUGAUGGACACAAUGGACAGAGUCAUGGAGGACCCUCUUGCUUUUAAUGGAGGUUGGGUUGCAGGGCCAUCGACUGAUGAUGUCGGGUACAAAAGGGGAAGGACACCAUGGGAGAUAAAAGAAAGUGAAGCAGAAUACAAAAUGAGGUUUGACAUGCCAGGAAUGACCAAAGAAGAUGUAAAAGUUUGGUUAGAAGAGAAAAUGUUGGUUGUCAAAGCUGAAAAAAGGGUCAAGAAUAAUGGAAAAGAGGAAGAAGAAUGGUCAGCUAAGAGCUAUGGAAAAUAUAAUACAAGAAUUGCUUUGCCUGAGAAUAUUGACUUUGAAAAGAUUAAGGCUGAGGUUAAAGAUGGUGUCUUGUAUAUUACUAUACCUAAGGCUAGUAGUAAUCCCAAAGUUUUUGACAUUAAUGUUCAAUAAACAAUUUUGAUGUAUUGAUCCCAAGUUCAAUUUCCUCUUUGGUAAAUUGAAAUUCCUCUUUUUAAUUUUA